UCAGGUCUGGGCCGUUCUGCGUGAAGGUGGUGUUGGAUCAUCGGGAAGUGCCGUCGGUUCUUCGUCCUUUCCGCAGCGGUUUGACGGUAAACAGUGACGAUGCUUCUUCCAGAGCGGAGCAGUUCCCAGAGCAUCCAGGCGAUGUUCACUAGCGCCCCCGCAGGCCUGGAGGGCUUUAAGGCUCAUGCAGUGUUCCAGGAGAUUGCAAAGAAGCUGCAGGAGGAAGGGGAUCAGUUCGUGAAGAAGAUCGGAGGCGUGUUUGCCUUUAAGGUGAAGGAUGGGCCGGGCGGAAGUGAGGCCAUGUGGAUCGUAGACGUGAAGGAGGGAAAGGGCUGCGUUCACAACGACACUUCUAAGAAGGCGGACUGUACCAUCUCUAUGUCGGACUCUGACCUGCUGGCUCUGAUGACGGGGAAGAUGAACCCUCAGACGGCUUUCUUCCAGGGUAAGCUGAAGAUCACCGGGAACAUGGGCAUGGCCAUGAAGCUCCAGAACCUGCAGUUGAAGCCGGGCAAAGCCAAGCUGUGAGGGUCCAAAACCACCACUGCCUCGCUUCACUGGGAGGCCGGGCUGGAGAAUAGAGUCCGUUAGUGUGACUGAGCCAGAGGCAGAGAAACUCACUACAUAGAUUUAUACAACUCAGAGAACAGAGUCCACCCUUCAUUUAUUUAACUGCUAGUCAAAACCUUCAUUUUACAGCAUCAGGGAGAAAACGGAAAACAUCAAUUUAGCAGCAAAUUACACAGAAGAACUAACUAAACAACCAAAUAUAACAACUAACCAUAACAACUAACUUAAUAAGUAAAUAUAACAUAGAUUAUUCAGUAUUUCAUGUCUCCACUCUGUACCUUUUAUUAGAGCUUACGGAGGCUUGUUUCGUUUUCAGUUUCAAAGUUCAGUCCUAGAAGUUGAUUGUAUUUCUCUUUUCUUUAAAUCAGUGACAGCUUCUUUACUGUUUAUCUGAUGGGGACAGUUUUGGUGGUCUACCAGGUCCAGGUGGUUGUUAGGAGUCCCAGUUUCUCUGUAGCUUUUAAUCAGUUUUUGACCUCCAGUUUAGGUAACUCCUGUUUUUUUGCUUCGACUUUCUCCUUCAUCACGCAAAACAGAGUAUCUUCUCUCUAAUCUCCUCACAAACAUCACCUGAUGAAUGAAUAACUUACGAUUAAAGGCCGUUUUGACUGGAAAUUAAAUAAAUGAAGGGUGGUCUCAGUACUGUAUCUCUCUGCUCUUUGGUCCAGGACCUGUUUUCAUGAACACUUUUUGAAGAGGAGUGCUGACCUCAGAUUAGAGGCCUUUUCCUCUGAUGAAUAGCGAGGAAGCUUUUAGCUCCGCACUCCUGCUUUUAGAUGUGUUCUGAACUCAGAGCCUGAUCUUCUUCUAACAGGUUAAUGAGGACAGUGUAGGAGUACGUUCUGAAGGCCUUUUCUGAUUGGAGCUCACUGUAACUGAUAGUAAUAAUAAUAUAAUAAUGAUUGAAUCCUUCUGUAGUACCAUGAUCACCUGCGACCUGUUUCAACUGGACUGUGUGUGUUAAUGUUUGUGUGUGUUUUUGGGGUCUUUUACGUUGUUGCGAAUGAAUGCGGAGAGUGUAAGUGCCUGUAUGUACAGUCGUAUGCAAAUGUUUGGACACUCCAGGGAAAAUAGGUUAACACUUCCUCUGCAGUACACACUGCAUAUUUUAAUGCACUGUUUAUUUGCUGAAAGAAAAAAAGCGUAAAAUGAAGUUACGGCAUAUUUUAUGUUUUAUUUUUUUCAAAUUUAUUAAACCUUUUCAAAUUAUGCACUAAAAUUGGCAGAAAAAAGUCAGAUUUAAGUGUGUUUUCUGUCGAGGAUGUCUUAACUUUCACUCCCCAAUUCAACCAAACAUAAGUGGACUAGGGGGUUCAAACUUUUGCGUAAGACUAUAUGUGACUUCAGUGUCUGGUUACAUAAUUGAGACUCCACCACAUACGUGCUGUACUGUAGGUACACAAAGGCAGGGACGCAGUGAAUUGGCCCUAUUUUAAUAUCAGGGUUCUGCGGUCAUUUCUGUAGCAUCGAGUAACAUUUGUGACCUGUAAGCUGUGUUCCUGAGUGUAUGUGUACACAUUUCUACCCACCCAAGGCUAAAAAGAUUUUUUUACUAAAUAAAAUUUCCUCUUUCACAUUAA